AUGCAAACAGAGGUUUCCCCUCACAGCCAGAACGCAGAACAGAACGCCCCCUGCCGCACUACAGAAGUGUCGUCUGCAGAGCUCACCGGCCGGGGUCUCGGGGGCGAGCGUGGUCCCGGGGCCGGUCGUGGCAGAGUGUUUGGAGCCUGGUGUGGGAUUGGGGACCAGCGGGGCCAGCAGGAGCUGUUCGAGGCCUGUCGGAGCGGAGACCUGGAACGGGUUCGUACGUUGUCCACAGAGAACGUGAACAGUCGGGACACGGCGGGGAGGAAGUCUACACCUCUACACUUUGCAGCAGGUUUUGGUCGUAAAGACGUUGUGGACUUCCUCCUCCAGAACGGAGCCAACGUCCACGCCAGAGACGACGGAGGGUUGAUAUCCCUCCACAACGCCUGCUCCUUUGGCCACACCGAGGUGGUGAGUCUGCUGCUUCACCACGGGGCGGACGCAAACGCCAGAGACAACUGGAACUACACUCCACUUCAUGAGGCCGCCAUCAAGGGAAAGACUGACGUGUGUAUAGUGUUGCUGCAGCACGGUGCCGAGCCGACCAUCAGGAACACGGAUGGCCGGACGCCUGUGGAUCUGGCAGAAGCGUCUGCUAAAGCAGUGCUGACAGGUGAAUACAGAAAAGAUGAGCUUCUGGAAAGUUCCAGGAGCGGUAAUGAGGAGAAGCUGAUGGCUCUGCUGACACCGCUCAACGUCAACUGUCACGCCAGCGACGGACGGAAGUCGACACCGUUACACCUGGCAGCCGGAUAUAACCGGGUCAAAGCGGUCCAGCUGUUGCUGCAGCACGGCGCCGAUGUUCACGCCAAAGACAAGGGGGAUCUGGUUCCUCUUCAUAACGCCUGUUCGUACGGUCACUAUGAGGUCACUGAGCUGCUGGUGAAGCAUGGAGCCUGCGUUAACGCCAUGGACCUGUGGCAGUUCACUCCUCUUCACGAAGCCGCUUCCAAGAACCGAGUCGAGGUGUGUUCCCUCCUCCUGAGCUAUGGAGCCGACCCCACCUUCCUCAACUGUCACAAUAAAAGCUCCAUCGACCUCGCUCCGACAUCGCAGCUGAAGGAACGACUGGCCUACGAGUUCAGAGGUCACAGUCUGUUGCAGGCGGCCAGGGAGGCCGACGUGCUGCGAGUCAAGAAGCAUCUGAGUCUGGAGACGAUCACCUUCAAACACCCGCUCAGUCAGGAGAGUGCACUGCAUUGUGCGUCUGCCUCUCCGUACCUGAAGAGGAAACAAGUGUGUGAAGUUCUACUGAGGAAAGGAGCCGGCGUCAACGACAAGACUAAAGACCUGAUGACCCCUCUCCACCUGGCGUCAGAGAAAGCCCACAACGACGUCAUCGAGGUGUUGGUCCAACACGAAGCUAAGGUGAACGCGGUAGAUCGCCUCGGUCAGACAGCGUUGCAUCGAGCGGCUCGCUGCGGUCACCUGCAGACCUGCAGACUGCUGCUGAGCGCCGGCUGCGACCCGCUGCUCACGUCCCUGCAGGGGUUCUCCCCGUCACAGCUGGGUAACGAGAGCGUGCAGGAGAUACUGCAAGCUCUGGUCGGGAACUCUGAAGUCGAUCGACAGCUGCUGGAAGCCUCCAAAACCGGAGACCUGGAAACCGUCAAGAAGCUCUGUACGAUGCAGAACAUGAACUGCAGGGACGCCGAGGGUCGACAGUCGACGCCGCUGCACUUCGCCGCUGGCUACAACCGGCUGGCCGUCGUCCAGUUCCUGCUGCAGCACGGAGCCGAUGUACACGCCAAAGACAAAGGAGGUCUGGUUCCUCUCCAUAACGCCUGUUCAUACGGUCACUACGAGGUUGCCGAGUUGUUGGUCCUUCACGGCGCUGUGGUCAACGUGGCCGACCUCUGGAAGUUCACACCACUGCACGAAGCUGCCGCCAAGGGCAAAUACGACAUCUGUAAACUCCUGCUGCAGCAUGGUGCCGACCCGACACGGAAGAACCGGGAUGGUAACACCCCUCUGGACUUAGUGAAGGACACCGACACGGACAUCCAGGACCUGCUGCGGGGAGACGCCGCCCUGCUGGAUGCCGCCAAGAAAGGCUGCCUGACCCGAGUGAAGAAACUCUGCACACGCGACAACGUCAACUGUAGAGACACACAGGGCCGACACUCCACACCACUACACCUGGCAGCGGGCUAUAAUAACCUGGAGGUGGUGGAGUACCUGCUGCAGCACGGAGCGGAGGUGAACUCUCAGGAUAAAGGAGGACUGAUUCCUUUGCACAACGCUGCCUCCUACGGGCACGUAGACGUGGCCGCUCUGCUCAUCAAGUACGACGCCUGCGUGAACGCCACCGAUAAGUGGGCGUUCACGCCGCUGCACGAGGCGUCUCAGAAGGGCCGGACGCAGCUGUGCGCGCUCCUAUUGGCUCACGGUGCAGACCCCGCCCUCCGAAACCAGGAGGGACAGUCGCCGCUGGACCUGGUCACGGCUGAUGAUGUUCGGGCUUUGCUAACCGCGGCCAUGCCUCCCUCUGCUCUCCCUGGUUGUUACAAACCUCAAGUCAUCAGCGUGACCUCUGGUGCUCCACCUGUCGCCGUGGUCCCCCCACUCCUCUCCUCUUCCUCCUCAUCUUCCUCCUCAUCUUCCUCCUCCUCCUCUGGUCUUGACUCCACAGCAGCAGCUACAACCAACAGUAACACCACUGCAUCAUCCAGUGCUUCAAACUCGUCAUCGUCGUCAUCGUCGUCUGCGUUUCCUGAGAUGUCGGCGCUGCUGUCGCUGGUCGAAAGUUCGCUGGGUGCCGAGAAGAAAGACGAAGGAGCUGAGCUCAGUAUCUGUCAGUUCUUGAAGAACCUUGGGCUGGAACAUCUUCUGGACAUCUUUGACCGAGAACAGAUCACUCUGGAUGUGCUGGUGGAGAUGGGUCACUGCGAGCUGAAGGAGAUCGGCAUAAACGCCUACGGACACCGACACAAGAUCAUCAAAGGAGUGGAGAGGCUCAUCAGCGGAACACAGAGUCUGAACCCGUACCUGACGUUGAAUACAGCCAACAGUGGGACGAUCUUAAUCGACCUUGCAGCCGAUGACAAAGAGUUCCAGUCAGUGCAGGACGAGAUGCAGAGUACGAUCAGAGAGCACCGAGACGGCGGCCAUGCCGGAGGAGUCUUCAACAGAUACACGCUGAUCAAGAUCCAGAAGGUCUGCAACAAGAAGCUGUGGGAGCGGUACACCCACCGCAGGAAGGAAGUGUCAGAGGAAAACCACAACCACUCCAAUGAACGCAUGCUGUUCCACGGCUCGCCGUUUGUCAACGCCAUCAUCCAUAAAGGCUUCGAUGAGCGCCACGCCUAUAUCGGCGGGAUGUUCGGCGCCGGGAUCUACUUCGCCGAGAACUCGUCAAAGAGUAACCAGUACGUUUACGGGAUCGGAGGAGGGACCGGCUGCUCGCUGCACAAAGACCGCUCCUGCUACAUCUGCCACAGGCACCUGUUGUUCUGCAGGGUCACUCUGGGGAAGUCCUUCCUGCAGUUCAGCGCCAUGAAGAUGGCUCACUCUCCGCCGGGUCACCACUCUGUCACCGGCAGGCCAAGCGUUAACGGACUCGCUCUGGCCGAGUACGUCAUCUACAGAGGAGAGCAGGCUUACCCAGAGUACCUGAUCACGUACCAGAUCGUGAAGCCUGACGAGUCCGCAGACGGAUGAGGAGGAAGAGGACGACGAAGGAAGUGAAAGAAGAAGAAGCGUUCGUCUUGUCCCGUCAGACGAGCCCAUGCAUGCAUAGAAAAACUUUAUUUAUACAAUGUAUAAAACAGUUUUUAUCAGACGCCUGUUUUUGUUGGUUUGUUUUACGCACUUUAUUAACCAUGGGUUCUGUCAUGACGUGAUGUGACUGUUUGUCCUUUUGUGGUUCAGGUUCAGCACUUUGAGACGCCGGCUGACCUCUGAACGCCUUUUAAAGAAACUGUCGACUCGUUCAGCAGCGUGCAACUUGAAGACGUUUCAAUUGUUCCACAGCAUAAACACAGUGAUGCUGAACAUGUUUAAAAUGUAUCCUGUCUGAAGAGCUGCUGUCCUGACAAACAGUCUCAAACAACACCUUGUUGCCUGGCAACAUCCCAACGGGUAUUCGUUUUAUUUUGACAAUGUAUUUUUUUGUACGAGCAUGUCGGUUUAUUAACAUUUAUGAGGUGAAAACAAGUCUGAAAGGUCUCUGAUUGGAUCGUUCAAUGAUGAACAAAAUGAGAAACCUGAUAUGCUCAUCAACAGCUGAAGCCUCGUUUGGAUCAGUACAAAUGCACAAACAGGUUUUUUUUUUUUUUGGAUAAGACUGAUAAUAAAUAAAUCAACAUAUUUCUUUGUCGAAUGAUAUCACCUCUGGAACCAGCCUCAAGUGGACGGUUGAGGAACUGCACUUCACUUCAGCCACGGAGAUCAUCUUAUAAACCUGAUCAAACCAAACUCUACAGAUCUCCAACAUUUAUUCAGAUCAGAUCACAGAAAACUCGGUUUAUUUUGUCUUUAUGUAACCUGCAAACAAACACAAACCAGCAGCAGUCGUCGAUACAUUUUUGGACAUUUCAAGGUUUAUUUCUCGUGUUUUAACUUGCAGUGCCGUCAUGGAGGUGAAAUGCUGACCCGUGUUGUUUUGUAUUUGUGGCCAGAAAUGAAUAUGAAAUAAAGAACUUUAAAAUA